GGGCGGCGGCGGGCCGGGGGGGGGCUGGGGGCCCUGGCGCUGCUCUGGGCCGCGGCCGUGCUGUGCCAGCUGGGCAGCGGCAGCGUCCUGCGCCGCCGGUUCCACGCCGCCGGUUCCCUGCAGCGGCGGCUGAGCGGCGGCGAGCGGCGGGACGUGCAGCGGGAGAUCCUGGCCGUGCUGGGGCUGCCCGGCCGGCCCCGGCCGCGGGGUCCCGCCGCCGCCCGCGCCCCCGCCGCCGCCGCGCCGCUCUUCAUGCUGGACCUGUACCACGCCGUGGCCGGCGAGGAGGAGGCGGAGGGGGAGGAGGAGGCGCCGGUGUCGCGGCCGGUGCUUACCGGGCUCAGCACCCAGAGCCCCCCGCCCGGCAGCGUCGUCAGCCGCGCCGACACCGUCGUUAGCCUCGUCAAUAUGGUCGAGCAGGACCGGGAUAUCUUCUCACCAAAGCCCUACUGGAAGGAGUUCAGAUUCGACCUGACACAGGUGCCCACGGGCGAGUCGGUGACAGCCGCUGAGUUUCGCAUCUACAAGGCACGGAGUGCCGCCCGCCAUGCCAACAACACCCUCCAUGUCAGCAUCUAUGAGAUCGCCGCCGAGCACUCCAACAGGGAGUCUGACCUGUUCCUGCUGGAUGUCCAGGACCUGCGUGCUGGGACCGAGGGCUGGCUGGUGUUUGACGUCACAGCCGCCAGCAACCACUGGUUAGUGGAUCAGAAAUACAACCUGGGGCUGCGGCUCUACGUAGAGACGGAUGAUGGGCACAGCGUCGACCCGGGCUCGGCGGGGCUGCUGGGGCGCCGGGGGCCCCGCUCCAAGCAGCCCUUCAUGGUGACAUUUUUCCGAGCGAGCCCCAGCCCCCCACGUGUGGCACGGGCGGCCAAGCCCCCCAGGAGGCGGCAGCCCAAGAAGGCCAACGACCUCCCACAUCCCAACAAGCUGCCAGGCAUUUUUGACGAUGUCCACGCCACGGAUGGGCGGCAGGUCUGCCGGCGCCACGAGCUCUACGUCAGCUUUCAGGACCUUGGCUGGCUGGACUGGGUGAUCGCCCCGCAGGGGUACUCAGCCUACUACUGCGAGGGGGAGUGCGCCUUCCCCCUGGACUCCUGCAUGAACGCCACCAACCACGCCAUCCUGCAGUCCUUGGUCCACCUGAUGAAGCCCGAGGCUGUGCCCAAGGCGUGCUGUGCCCCCACGAAGCUCAGUGCCACCUCCGUCCUCUACUACGACAGCAACAACAACGUCAUCCUCAAGAAGCACCGCAACAUGGUGGUGAAAUCCUGCGGCUGCCACUGACGGCCAGGUCCCAGCCCGAUCCCACCGGAGCGAUGGGAUGCUGCUGCGUGCAAGGAAGAGGAGCUUUUACAGGCUGCAUCAGAGCAAAGUCCAUUAAUAAUAAUAAGUAAUAAAAAGAAAUCCCUCCCACCCCUUCCUAGAAGUGGAUGUAAAUAAUAUAAAACUUUUAUUCUCUUACCACACUUAAUGAGACACAUACAUAUAUAUAUAUACAUAGGAAAGAGGAUUUGUGGCUGGUUACAUGUUUUCCUCGUGGCUGAUGUUUUUUCCCCUCGUGCUGCUGGUUCCCAGGCUGCUGCAGUCGCUGGUGGAGGCAGUUUGGGCUGAAGGGUAACUAGGACGAGGGAAGCAACAUCCAGGUUGCUCUGGGAUUGAGCUGUUUCUAACCAUCUCCAGCUAACUAACCCACCUCUACCCAGCGCUUUUAAUUCCCUUCAUGAAAACACCCUCAGCCAGUUAAGCAGCUGGCUGACUAACCCGCUCCUGUUUACUUAAAGUUCACAAAACUCAGCCAGUUGGGAAAAAAAAAUGUUAAAAACAAUCCAUAUUGAGCUAUGACACUGUUAUAAAAUAAACACCUAGUUCAGAAAGUAAA